CAGCAGGAGGCCGCCUUCGGAAGGCGAGGUGGACACCAUCCCACCAGGCAGAGGCCAACACUGGCUCUGGCCGGGAGGCAGUGGAAAAAGGAAGAUCAGGCUCCCAGCCGACCUUGGGGGCCCCGUCAAAGCAUAAGGGCCAGAGGUGGGGGGCUCUCAGCUGCUGCCCAGGCAGGGCCCCGAGGUGCGAGAUGGGGUAGAGGUUUGGGCAAAACUGGAGACGAGGGGCCCCGAAGGCUCCCAAGCAGGCCUCCAGGGGCGAGGGACAGGAAGGGGUCGUUAAAGGCACCGAAGGAAGUGGACCGAGCCCGUGCAGGGCCAGAAGGGCUCCCCCGCCUCCUGCCAUCAGCCCAGGACGCACAGCGGCCUCCUUGACAUCAGACAGAGUUUCUCUGUUUACCCUGAAAGUUAUCGGGUCUGGUCUGUUUAUACAAAUCAGCUUUCAAAUAUGUGGGAAUGGGGCUUUUUUCCCAUUUGUUUCCCAGAAAACAAGACAAAAUGUAAAAGGCCCAGAGAGAGCCAAGAACAUUCCUUGGUUCCCCAAAUAUCCAGGUCUCCACUACCCCCGCCAGCCGAGUUCCCAGGAUGGCUCAUGGCUUCGGCGGCUGUGGCUGCGCUCAAGACUGGGUUCCCCUGCAGGUGGCCUGUCCCAGCUGCCCAGACCCUCAGCAGACACGCAUGGCCCCCCAGCACCACAACCGCCUCUCUGCAGACCACUGGGGACCUCGCUCGAGGGAAGCCUGCCCCCCGCUCCGGACCUGCCCGCGGCAGCACCGGGCACACAGUGAAAGCCAGCAAGUACCGGCUGGAGGAGCGCUUGCCGAAACAGGGAGGUGAAGGGUGGUGACUAGCUCUCCUGGGACGGGGCACAAGUUCUCUUUCUGGGAAGAGCCCUCCUCUGGCUCCCGGGAUGCCUCCAGGAGGAGGGACGAAGAGGCUAGUGCCCGACCUACAGACGGGAACACAGGACAGGCCGACGUGGCCGCCCCGGCAUCUGGAGCCUCGGGCCCCGUAGUGUCCACACCCUGCCCGGGCAGGGGUGCCCCGGGCAACAGCCCCACGCCCGAAGGCACCUCCCUGGCACAGAGGACCAGACAGAAGCCGCACGUGUCCACUGGCCCUGGUCUCCACGAUGUCAGGGAAGGGGCCACUAUGGUCCCCCACCCCGCAGACCAGAGCCUGGGAAGCCUCUUUCCCUCACACCCACGGGGAGCUGGGCUCAUGGCACCCCUCCCCCGGCCUGUGCUGGCUCGCGGCACCCCUCCCGGGCCGGGCCUGACCCGCAGUCCGCCUUCUCUCCGCCCCUCCCCGUCCCGACCUCAAGCUCCAGCAGUCCUGGGGCCGGGCUCGCUCCACAGCGGCGCUCUCAGUCACCGGAGCCGAGUCACCCCCUGCCUGUGCCCCAGUGGACCCUCCGGGACUCGGGCCCUGCCUGGCCGACCCCCGACGCUGGCCCUGCCCCCCCAGGUCUUCCGGCUCACGGCUCACGUUGUGGUGAGGACACUGAGGCCCAGAGGGGACCAAAGCCAAAGCUUCUGGGACCGAGAAGCUACCCGAGGUAACCCAGACCUGAGUUCUCCAACUGCUUGUGUCCCACGAGGUCAGGAGACAGUUCCCCAGGAGGACACCCAGCAGCUGCUGCCCAGCUUGACCUCCUGCUUCCCAAAGGCCCCAUCUACAGCACAAGGCCCACCCGUCCCAGAGAGCCGAGGCUGGUCUCAAGCUCAGGUCCCCGGGUGUAGAGUCAGGCCAGGGUGCGCCAGGGCAUCUGCCCCUCUCUCUCCCGAGAAGGUCUUGCUGGGGCCCUAUGGAGGUCUCGUGUUGCACUGGGAGACGGCUACGCCGAUGUGCUGCAGGCCAGGCCCCAGGCCCCAGGAGGCCACCCCCAUCCUUGUGGAGAGCAGGGCUGUUCUGCAGGCAAAGCCCAGUCUGGAGCGCAGGCCCAUGAAGCUACAGCGGAGAGCCUCAGGGACCACAGCAUCUGCACUGCCGACGGUCGGCCCCAGCCCUGUCCCAGCAACAUCCCCAAAGGGAGCUUGCCGCCGGGACCAGCUCUCUCCCCAAACUGAAUGGAACCCAGCCCCAGCUGCAUGCGGCUCACCAAGGCUGGACGAGAGAAGGGCCUCGGCCUAUUCCACCUCCACCUGUGGCCAUAAGCACACACCAGACCGGGAGGAGCCCAUCUGUUACACGGCCCCUCCCUCCGGGCCUGGACCCAGCCUGGACCCCAGCCUCCUGGGGGUGGGGGUCACAUCUGGCCAGCCCGCCAAGGGGCUCAGGGUCCUAACGUCAGGAGGUCCGGCUGAGGCGCCAGGGCAUGGGGCAGGGGCUCCCCAGCAUCUGGAGGGCUCUCGGCAGCAAGCCUCACUCCAUGGCCCAGACCUCGGUCCUCCCAGCCCACGGAGCCCUCGAAGAAGCAGGACCGAGGAACCAGCUCAGCCAAGAACCUUCCGGCUAACAGAGGGCAUUGGGUAUGCAAGCACAGUCGCCUGACCAGCUUCUCCAAUCCUCAGCAUCCCCAGCGGCCAGCCCCCAUCUCAGAACCCGGGGACCCAGCCGCGCCCCAGGACCCCGGCCACCACAUGGGGACACACAAGGACCAGCCAGCGGGGCAGGGUCCCCUGUGCAAACAGGGGGCCUCCUGUUCCCCACAAUUAACUGAUGCCCGCCCCCUUCUGGUUGCCCGCUGGGCUCCAAGGCACUGGAGCGUGGCGCAGGACGUCCGCCCGGCAUCCACCUGCAAGGAAGCCCAGCUGCUCGCCCGGAGCAGGCUCAAAGCGCCGGAAACCGUCUGCGGGUAUUUCAUUUCAGCGGGCGGCGGGGCCUGCGCCUAUUCCGACGGGAGCCUGAGAGCUCCGUGCUCGCUGAAGACACUGGACAAAGCAGGAAACCCCAGCGAAAUGCUCUCGCCGCCCCAUCCCCAAGAACUCAGGAGGAGCGUCUGCGGGGCUCCUGACUUGCCGUCUGCUUGCGCGCUCCUCUUUACAAAAACGCAGUCCGCCCGGCGGCCCCUCGAAGCCAGACGCCCCGCCCGGCACCCAGUCAGUGUCCCCCGUGGGCACAGCCCCCAACAUGGCAUGACUCAGCCGGAGGCCCCACGUCGGGGCACCGAGCCCCCAGCCCGGAGCGGCACCCGCCGGCCGCCAGCUCAGUCCACCCCGGUCGGCGCCAGGAAACGUCCCCCCGGGAAGGGCCAACUGGCCUGGCUGAUAAUUUCCUUUCUCGUGCGCUUUCUCUUCCCUUUAAAACCUUUCUUUUCUGCGAGAUGGGAUCGGCCUGACUCGAGUCGGUUAAUAAAGCCAACAAGGCUUCGAAAAUUCACUCUGUUGGGCUUCUGUUCAAGUGCG